AAGUCGUUUAGCCUGCUUUAAACACACUGACACACACGCACACACACACACAUACAAUAACAUAUAUAUACACUCGAUGGAGUUUUGUUGAUUUUUUUUUAAAGGAUUAAAAAUAAAUUGAAGCUGUAUUGAUGAAUGUAUAACAAGACACCUUAAAAUUUGAAUAAGCCCCAUCUAGAGAGUAAAGAAGGUUGAUUGUUGUUAUUGUGAGGUAUUUGAGAGCUAAUGUUAAUGUUUUUGUGACACAGGGAGAGGCGGGGAACACACACACACACACACACACACAUUAGUUUUUUGGAUGCAGUCUCUUUACACGGACAAUUCUUUGGGAAGUCUGAUUCUUCAGCCUGGAUUUCACUUUCCUGAGGACGACGGCGAGAUUUCGAGGCGUUACAUGGAUUAUCUGUGUUUCAGAACUCUGUGCUGUAAAGGUCCGCCCCCUCCCAGACCGGAGUAUGAUGUAGUGUGUAUUGGAUUGACGGGCUCCGGAAAGACCAGCCUUCUCUCCAGACUGUGCAGCGAAGCCACAGACACUAUCGUACCUACCACAGGUUUUAGCAUUAAAGCAGUGCCGUUCCAGAACGCCAUCUUAAACGUCAAAGAACUGGGAGGAGCUGACUCCAUUAAGAAGUACUGGAGCCGUUAUUAUCAGGGCUCCCAGGGCGUGGUGUUUGUGUUAGACAGCGCCUCAUCUGAUGAGGAUCUGGAGGCGGCGCGCACGGAGCUGCACUCGGCCCUGCAGCACCCACAGCUCUGCACCUUGCCAUUCCUCAUCCUCGCCAACCAGCAGGACAAACCGGCUGCACGCUCCGUCCACGAGAUAAAGAAAUACUUUGAGCUGGAGCCUUUGGCUCGGGGGAAGAGCUGGUUGCUCGAGGGAAGCACAGUGGACAACAUGGACGCCGUGAAGGAGAGCUUCAGCCAACUCAUCCACCUGCUGGAGGAAAAGGACCAGGAGACAGGCAGGAUAUGAGCUGGGAGUUUUCUCCAAAUCCCAGCAUCCUCCAGUUCGGACAAUACAGAUCUCCACCUCAACACAGGCGAGAGCGUGUGUGUGUGUGUGUGUGUGUGUGUGUGUGUGUGUGUGUGUUACUCUCACUCCAACACAGCAGGCUGAAAGGCAUACGGAUUCACACAACUGGGGUUUAUAUCGUAUCAUAUCAUAUUUGAGGUAUGAUAUGUUAUUAGGUUCUUCGUAUUAGUACCACAAGUUAACCGACUGUCGAGUCACGCCGUCAGUAAACACGGUUCUAUGUUAUACGUCCUGUGUAAUACACACCUAGUUGCACAUUGCUACAUAACUGAUAAACACUUUUCUUGGUAUGUAGAGAAACUGGAUAGUUUUUCUUAAUAUGUAUAUUGUUCUAUUUAGUGUGUGAAUGUAUACGUGUGUGUGUGUGUGUGUGUGUGUGUGUGUGCAAGAUUGAACAUUUGUACUUUAAAAGCCUUAAAGUAUGUGAUGAUGUGUUUUUUUUAACCAAACUACAGUGACUUAUUAAACUAUAAAGCAGUCUUAAAUAAUCACGGCUGUGAAAUUACCACUUUAUUCCCAAAACCACAAACAAAGAUUCCAAGAUUCCAGAAUAUUGGAAUUCCUCUGCAUGUCUCUCUUGUGUAAUUGUAGAAAUCAUGCAUCAUUCAGGAGGAUUGUUUGAGGUUUAGUGAUCGGUUUCAAUGCUGUUAUUCUGUUGUUGUACUUUUUUAUAACUACAGCAUAUCAAAUGGAAGUGUUUUGUCCGUCGGAGAUCUAUCGUCUCUCUCUUUCCUAGUGACUAAUUUAUCACCAGAACGGUGUAGUGCCAGUUACGUAUCGUGAUCGUAGUAUUGUAAGGUUCUAUUUGGGUUUUGAGAUGAAAGUUUUGACAUUCCAGUUACUGACGUCUGAAAUUUACAUUUACAGCUCAACAAGGACUUCAUUUUAGUGUGACGUUUAAAUUUGCGAGGUAGGCUUGUGUGAUAUUGACUUUUCCAUGCUCACGAUUUUUAGUCAUCCAGAACCGAUUUCAGGAUUAAGGAGAAUAGCGGCGGGUGUAAUAAUAUUACGUAAACAUAUCAGCACUUUUUCAAAAUAAAAUCGGUUGUCUAAUAUCCCCACGGCCGACAUUUUCCCUGUUGAUCGCGUGCAAAAUGUUCGAACGUGUCUGAGCACUUUUUAUUCAUCACCACCAUUAACUUUAUUUGUAAAAUAUUAGAUUUGACACUUCACUAUAGGCCUGUUUAAUCUUUUCAGGUCAAAUUUUUCAGCAGUUUUUUUUCUCUUUCAGUUGAAAGUGCUGACCAUAUUGACCAUUUUCAGCCGAAAUCUAAAAAUAUAGCUAGGUAUAGCUACCUGAUGUUAACUAUAUACUUUUCUAAUAUUAGCGAAGUCUUACAUACAUUGAUAGAUCUUAUUUCACUUUAAAAAUCUCUCUAUUUACCUGUGAGUAUGUGACAUAGGGAGAAGGGGGUGUGGCUUCCAUGCAAUGUCAGUUGAUAUUAGAGAGUUCAAAACAUCUACGCAACUGUCAAUCAUUAUAGACUCGUAUGUCGACUAGCUUCCAUUUUACUGCGGAGAAAAAGACGUAUUUUUUGAGUGAUAAUUCGUACGAGCGUACUCGGAUGUUAAGUUGUGGCGCUCCUACACUAAGUGCAUGAAUGUUGGCACGUCUGUUAAUAUAAUAUAAUAGAAUAUAAUAUAUUCAGAGGAAGUGUCACUAGACACUUGAUAUUGGCCACAGUAUUAGCUUUCUGCUGCAAUGAAGACCUUUACGAACGAUUUUGUAAAAUCAGCGAUUACAGUAUUGUACAGUAACUUUUUAAUUGCUCUAUAUCUACAGAUAAAAGUUACUUUUGAACGUGGAUUUAGAUUGUUCAAGGCCGCCUAUGUUGCGUUGAUCCUGGAUGAUGAUUAUAAGGCAGAUAGCGCCUUAUAAAAUCUGUGACUUUGGAAUUUUUUAAAGUGAUGAAAUUUCUCGACCAAGCUUCCAGAACCUUAAUAAUACAGAGGUCACGAUAUGUCAACGAAAUCGCCUUCGCUUUUCUACGUCUUGUUAGAUUUCAGUAAAUUUUCUUACUGUUGCCUCUGAAUGUAAAGCGCUUCUAUCCUAAUCUCUAACCAUCAGUAGUGCCUCUUGUUUAGAUGGAGUGUCCUUCAUCUAAUCCUUUUUUUUUUUUUUUUUUAAAGCUCCGUCUCCCUUCCCAACUUCAAACUUGAGUGCCAAUCCAGUCGCUUUCCAAUCCAAACUGUUCCCGUGCCAUUAAUGACGGUGUCUCUCCAAAACCAAAAGAAAUCCCGCUUAAGCCCUAAUGAAACCGGGGACAUCCAGUCUUUGUAGCCUACGUCCAGCGUUUAUACCGCUUGAAAACACUUUAAUAGCCGCCUGGCUGUUUAGCUGCCUUUUUAUAAUUCACACAAUUUGUACAUUUGUUACGGAUUAUUCUCGUUUUAUGUUGGUUUUUUUUUUUUUUUUUUUGGUUCAUUUUAUUUUGGGUUUGUUUUGUUUUAGUUUUUUGAAGGCCACGUGCCUGUCUUUGUACUGGAGCAAAUCUAAAUACAUCUAGAAAUUUAGAUCAUGGAGGCCGUGAUGUCGGUCACAAAUUGUUAAUUGUAUAUAUAUAUGUAUAAUUUAUGCAUAAUUUCUUGAGCAACAUGAACAAUAAAGACUGAAGUAGGAGAAAUGAUUAGAAUCUGUGAUGUUUGAUGUUUUGUCAUGAAAUGUUGUUAAAAGCAAGAUUAAAAAAAUUUUUAUGACAACUAAAGAGCUUCAGUUGGUUGAAUUCUUGCUGGUGCUUCGUACCACCACGAGUUUUAUUUCCCUUCUUUCUUUCUUUCUCUCUUUCACCUGGUGGACAAAUCAGUAGCCCAGGACAAGCAGAUUUAUUGUCUGUGCUGUCAGUUUUUUAAUUUCUCUCUAAAGUGACGUAACAGAAAAGUGUUUAUUUACAUUUAUGGACACACCCUUGUCCAGAGCGACUUAGACUUUUUACAACUGAGCAGUUGAGGGUUAAGGGCCUUGCUCAAGGGCCCAGCAGUGGCAGCUUGGCGAUGUUGGGAUUUGCACCCAUGAGCUUCCGAUUGUUAGUCCAACAUCUUAACCACUGAGCUACCAGUGCUGUAUUGUCCGGAGCUCACAGGUUUGCAUCUCAAAAUCCACAGCCAUCCAUAGCUGCGAGUGUAGAGUGCAAAAACUGGUUGUGCUUUCUGAGUGUGAGGGGAUUACUCUCUCUCCCCUGUCAAUCACAAUCAGAGACAGUAGCCAAUCAUGAUCAUCGGUGAGCUCAUGUAUGUGGAAGGGGGCGGAUAGCGAUUUCCCCAGAGUGUGUUACGCAGCAUGACCAGCAUUCAGAACGAUACAGUUUGCUUCAUGUGUCUCCGAGGAAGUCUUAAAAAAGUCUACUAUGCUUCUUAUUGACUUUUGUGAAAGAAAAAAGUUGAUUCGAUCAAAGUUCAUUUGAUCUGUAUACUUGUGUAACUAUACUUCCAAAUCCCACACAACAUCAGUCAGAUGUAGCAGUCGGAUUAAUUAGGGUGCACUGAAUGACAGAUAGUGUUGUAGUCCAAUCAUUUAAACAGUUAAAGAUAUCCAGAGAAAAUAAAGAUGCUAGCUAGGCUCAAAUCACAUCUUAGCCAAUGCACAACACCAAAACACUGACCAGCGAUUUGCUGACUUCCUGCUGAUGGAGCAAGAACGAUAGAACACUCUUCUAUUUAUGCGUAUACAAUAAUCUUAUACACGUUAUGUUUCUCUUAGGUAAGGAAUAAAACAUUCAGUCUGGUGCUGUUAUAGGAGAUUUAAAUGUGUACAAUACUAUUUAAUCUAUUUACUCGAGGUAUAGAGCUUUUUAAUUAUUCCUGAACUUUCUACUGACAGAGCAUCAUAGGUUUUAUUCGACAUUAUUUAUAGACCGACUUGUUUUUGGGGUUUGGAACUCAAAAACUUCUCGAGUGACCAGUCGGACAGGCUAAUUUUAUUUACAGGUGGUGAUUUCCACCUCCAGACUAUGCUUCACGUAUUCCUGAGAGUCUCUGGACCCCAACUUUGAGGAAUUUACCACUUUGGGGAUUUACCUUGAGCCCAAAAUGGCGAGUUUAAAAACUUUGUCGUAAUUACACUAUGGGUUUAGACAUGAAUCUAACAAAGCCGUUCAUUUUGUCGCUGAUAACAGACUCACUAGAAGGCCUUGAUGCACUUCCUCUGUCCGUUUACGUUUACUGAUUCUUGCCAUGUUCUGAUAAUCUGGGUCAUCCUGAUCCCUCUGAUGACUCAGAUGGAGGGAACCCUUUCCCUCUAGGCUUCCAGAGCUCUUACUCUCUCAGGAUUUCCUCUCUUGCCGAUGAGUCAUCUGCAUUAUGGGCUUUAUCUAUCCAGCUUCCUCGGGUACACAGCGCUGCGUGCCAUUUCUCUUCAUUACCACGUAUUAGCUCAUAAAGUUGAAGGUUACCGCGCUCUCCAUACAGUGAUUUAUCGUCACUCGCUACUUCACAGAGAAGUGGAUCAGCGUCACAUCAGGCUUUCAAGCUAAAAGCCUACAGGAUGCGUCCUUUUUCUGUUUUGUGUUGUCCAUCAGGAGUUUUAUGUGGAAAAUGUGAGCGUGCAUGCAUGUGUGGGAACACUAACACGCAGCGUCCAAUCUGUGUUCUCAAAAAAAACAAAAAAAACAAUGCAAUUUGUGUUUUAUCUUCCGAGUCAAUCAAAUACUUCAUUUUUAGUUUUCAUAACUGCGUCAUUCACCGCCUGUAAAUAUUCACAGAAGAGAAAAUUAUAUGCCUCAGGGUUGAUUGUAGAGACUUUGUGUGACUCUUUAGCAAAUUAAAUUUCUGCUCCGGGGGAGUCCUUAUAAAAAAAACAAAAAAAACAAUGCGUCUGGCUUGAAAAGAACUUUGACAGAAAUUUCAAACUGUGCUGUCAAGCGUCAAGUCCCCGACUAAUAUUAGCAUGCAGACGGAUGAGCACCUGGGAUUAAUCCUUAAACUUGAAUCAUGUCUGAAAAACUUCGCAAAGCUGUCUGCAAGACAGAAACUUUAAAUCUAUCCUCUUUUCUCUCCUUAUCUCUCUCUCUCUCUCUCUCUCUCUCUCUGUCUGUCCCUGCAGUCAGUUUGGCAGCCAGAAUUACGUUAAUCUUCUUAGAAACGUCUCCUCUUUGCUCUCCAUCACACCUGUACAAUAGGAGGCCGUCAGAGUUUUUCCUUUCUUGGUUUAAAUGAGUUUCUUCUGUACGUCUGAACUUCUAUCAGCGUUUUUUUUUUUUUUUUUUAAUGACAUACAGCUGAUCCAAAUGAAGCAGAUAUAAAGUUUAAAAAGGGUUGUUACUUUGAAAUGAUUAUGAUGAAUCAAAAUUGCUGACCUUUUUAAUCCUUAAUGUUCGGCAUGCGUAUGAAAUAAUGGUCCUCGCAUACCAAAGCAACGUGGACUCGUUUUAUUCCACGGAAUAUAACAAGCCGACGUUUAAUUGAAGUACGCUUUAUUCCACCGCCAUUCGAUGGAAGUGCUCGACCUUGCCGUUUAUUAAGGACAGAACACAAGAACUGUUUCUUUGUGAUCAGGCCAGAGUACGAGAGGUAACGAAGCGUACAUCGGAGCACGCGAUGCGUAUACGAGGCUUGUGUGGGUAUUAAACUGCAAACUGGAUGUGAAAUUAAAAACUAAAACAAUGGACUUCUCGUUCGCAGUAAAUCCCACAUCCAAGACUACGAGAACGCAUUGGACGGCUUUUUUCUUUCUCGUCCGAGUUCCAUCGCUUAACAAAACACAAGCGACUGCAAACAAAUGCCUU